AUACAUAAAAUACGUUUCCUUUUCGUUUUAAUUAUUAAUUUAAUUUAAUAUAGUGUUUGUGUGUUUAAAUUUGUAUUAAAAAAAAUUGAUUUGAUUCGUGGACCACCGGUUGGACAGCGCUUGUAUAGAGCAUAGAAGAAAACAAGUUCGUUAUCGGUAUUCAGUAUUUCAUUUUUUCCAAUCGUCGGAGACGAGGAGCGAUAAUCACAGUUUAACAUCAGAGACGUCUCCUCUUUCGUUCCACCCCUACGUUAUUUUUCACCCCCACCCCCGUUUCUCCUCUUACACCUACCAUCGCUCUAUGUCUUUUCCAACGAUCAGUGUUAAUCAGCGCGGGAACGACGAAGAAUCAACAGGAUGACUCGUUCGAUCUUACUCUGCGUGUUUCUCGUUGUUUCGAGUAUUCUCCAGCUUUGCUAUGCCGUUGAAUUCAAAGACUGUGGCUCUAAGAUUGGACACUUUACAAAGAUAACUAUUUCUAAUUGCGAUGCUUCCAAACCAGCAUGCGAAUUAGUUCGAAAUUCUAAUGUGAGUCUUGCUAUAGACUUUAUCCCAUCUCAAGAUGUUUCCAAAAUAGAAGUAGUAAUUCAUGGUGUAAUUGCAGACGUGCCAAUACCAUUUCCUUUAACACAUCCCGAUGUGUGUACUAAUCCUGAAUCUAACAUACAGUGUCCUUUGAAAAAGGAUACUGAAUAUACUUAUAAAGCUGUUUUACCAGUCGAAAAUACCUAUCCUAAGUUGUCUCUUAAAAUUCGGUGGGAACUGCAAGAUGAGAAUAAACAGGAUAUAAUUUGUGUUUCCAUACCAGCAAAAAUUAAAUAGGAAUCUCACAUAAAUGGGAAUAAGAUUAUUUUUACUUAUAAUUAUUUACUAUUUUCAAUGAAUAUUGAAUGGGUUUCUUAACGAUAUUGGUCCGUAAUUGUAAUAAGUAUAACUGGUUUAUAAUGAUUAAAAUAAUUACAUAAUUUUUAAUUAAUGUUUAAUACGGCUAUAUUUCAAUCUGAUAACAUUGAUGUACAGAAAUGUUACUCGAUAUAUCAUGAAAAUUUGUUAAUAUUAACGAAAAAAUUUGUUAUUAUUUAUAUAUUUUCAUCAUUUGCCAUUAAUGUCAGUCGUGAAGAUGUAUUUAAAAGUUAAACAAACAAAAUUUGUUUUUCUUUUUUAAAUAAUUUUAGUUCGUUUUAUUGUUUAAAUUCAAAAUAUAUUACAAUCAGUACUUUAAUUACCGAUGUAUUUGGAUUAAAUGUUUUUGUAUUAAUCCAUAUUUCAGUAGUUAGCUGAAAUACGAUAAAGUGUAAAGUAUUACCUA